AUGAGGCAAAUAAAAAGGAUUACAAUUCUAUUUCCUUUAUUAUUAUUUAACUUUAUUAUCUCCAUUUCGGCAACUUUUUGCCCAACAAAUUUAAUGCGAAAUCAAACAGCCUGUACAUGUGAGGAAUAUAUAGAUGGAGCUAUUAUUAAAUGUAAUGGACCUAAUGGACCUUUAGUUGUUGAAAAUCUUAAAAAAUUAAAUGUUGAAGUUAGAGAAUUGGUCUUAGAAAAUGCUAAUAUUAUUGAAGUAAAUGUUUAA